AAGUUGUUUAAGAUACCAACAAGCAAAUCGAGAUAGCCAAUUUCGCUUUAGUUUCUCAUUGAGAAUCAUUAUCAUUAAUAAUGUUGGAUAAUCCACCUACUUUUAUAUAUAGCUUCCAUGAUGAAUAUUCAUCAAGAAAAAUGAAGUACAAAAAAUUGGGAAGUACGGACCUGAUUGUAUCGAAUUUAUCUUUGGGAACUGGCGGAUUUAGUCAUUUUUAUGGAGACUGCUCUCUGGAUGAAUGCAAAUUGUUGGUAGAGGAAGCUUUGAAGUCAGGAAUCAACUAUAUUGACACUGGGCCAUGGUACGGUCAUGGAACAUCAGAAAAAAUUUUGGGCGAAUGCCUCAAAAACGUUCCGAGAUCAUCCUAUUAUAUUGGAAGUAAAGUUGGUCGGUAUGAAGCCGAUCCAAAAUUAAUGUUCGAUUUUUCUGCGAAAAAAACUAGAGAAAGUGUUGAAACAUCAUUGAAAAGGCUCAAAUUGGAUUACAUUGAUGUGAUGCAGGUUCACGAUGUUGAAUUUGCACCAUCCUUAGAUGUAAUCCUCAAUGAAACCCUUCCAACAUUGCAAGAACUCUUAAAUGAAGGAAAGAUUCAUUAUAUUGGCAUAACCGGAUAUCCAAACUCAGUUCUGAAAGAAGUUAUUGAAAAGAGUUCGGUUAAAAUAAGCACAAUACUUUCAUAUACUCGACUUACUAUGAUUGAUCAAAGUUUAAACGAUUUUAUUCCCUUCUAUAAGUCCCAUAAUAUUGGUGUUAUAAACGCUUCUGUGCAUGGAAUGGGACUGCUUACAAAUGACGGUCCUCAGCCAUGGCAUCCUGCUUCAGAACACUUAAAAAAAACUUGUGAGAAAGCAGCGGAUUAUUGUAAGGAAAAUGGUGUUGAGCUAGGAAGAUUAGCCCUCUAUUUCGGUUUGAAACAAAAUGGACCAGAUACUAUUUUGACCGGAGUUAAUAAUCGUGUUUUAUUACAAUCAAAUUUGGAUGUUGUCCAAAAUGGGUUGCAAGAAAAAGAAAUGCGAGUCUUUGAGGAAGUUAUUAAAAGAUUUUUCACUGGAUUGAAGGAAACCCAGUGGGAAGGAGUAGAAUUGAAAAAAUUCAAGGAAAAUUCUUUUUCUGCUUUUUUGUAGUGGUAUCUACAAAAAUAUAAAGUUCUCAUAAUUGUACUUCGUUUUUUAAUAUAUCGAUAUCUU